AAAUUACCACCCCUGAAUCAGCCGCAUCAUGGCCAAAGACAUCGGAGCUCCCACACCGCAGUCCGAAAACCCAUCGCCAUGGCCUGCCUCCAAACAAGUUUCCGUUGUAUUGCCCACAGCCUCGACAGAACAACUUCCUACACCGGAUCAAUCGGAGGGUGUCAUGGUCAACGGAUUGUGCAUUGUGGAGGGGAUUCUGCCCGAUGGUCGGGGAAAGCGGCUGACAUGGGAAGAGGUGGAAGUUUUAGUGCGGCUGUGCAUGGAACGGACGACGGAAGACGAAAUCAACACUCGUCCGAAGAAAUGGUGGGCCGAGACUUCUGAUUUGUUAUAUGCGCGGACCGCCCGGUCUUAUUCGUGGCAGUCGUGCAAGCGUCGCAUGCAGCAGUUGUUGUGUGCUUGCCGAUUGUUCAAGGACGGUACUGCGGAUCACUUGGAAUUUGCAGACGCCGGUCUCCAACGUGAUCUUCGCCAGUUGCCUCAUGAUUUGCGUUCGGAGAUGAUUGAGUGGAUGAAUAAAACCGUAUCAAGCGAGCAGCAAAAUGUAUUGGGCAAAAUUAAGGCCCUGGGGGAGCGGCGGGCGGAAAGACAACUCGAGAAACAACAACCUGAAGGGGAAGAUGGAGAAAAGCAGCGGGAGAGAGACUACCACAAACGCAAACAUGACCGAGUUUGGAAAUGGCUAGGUAGUUUGCCUCCCCCGGGGGAAAUGCUAUCCGCGUUGGACGAAAGUGAGCGCACCGAACGGGGACGGAAUGCAAUACCCGCGCAACGAGACCGAUCUCAAUCCCCCCGUCGUGAGGCGACCAAAUACCGCCAACGCUCUCCGCUAGGCCGUCGAGACCCGCAGCCGACUUCAACCCCAACAGGCAAAAUCGAACGCUACUUCGAACCCGAUCAUCCCCGUGACAGUCGCGAGCAGGACGCAGUGAAAAACGAGCGAACAGGCUGGGCUAAACAGCCUCUUCCCAAGAACGACCCGAAAAAAAUGACUCCCGCCGAGCGAUCCGAUCUUGCCGUACAACUGGAAGAUACCGUUGACGACCUUGCCGAUGAUUUCAUUGCCAAUCACAUGUACCCUCUGGUCCGCUCAGCCUACCCCAGCUAUACCGAUGAAGCCAGAAACAAGCAUGAGGCAGUAAACCUCGCCUGCUACGCCUUGUUCCGGAACAUGGCGAAAAUCACUGUCGAACUCCUGGCUGCCGCAGGCCUGCCAACUCCUCCUUUUCCAGCGGAGUAGUCUCUCUUAACCCUCUAUUGUUUUCCUUUCUUGUUUUGACUUCCAGUUCGGGUGGCAUUGUCCAGCAACACAUUGGCAAUCAGCCAAGCAUGAUACCCCAGCAUUGAUGCCUUUUGUUGCCUUUGCAUUUCUUUGCAUUACAUUCCCUGUUUGUGUAUCUUUCUAUAUAUCCAUUGCAUUGCAUGGUUGGGUUUGAAUUUGAAUUAAGGAGUUCUGUUUGCAUAAUGUUUUUCACUGCGCAUUGUCCAUAGAUAGAAAUAGAAAUAGAAAUAGAUGCAUUGC